GGAGCAGUGUAACAGAGUAGCAACGCUGUGCGAACACGUUUUGGGGUUUGUAUUUGGAUCUCCUAAAAUUGAGGCAGAGCAUUGAAAAUCGAAAGAGCGUGACACAGAGACAGAGGAGAGGUUUCAUCGCAAAAACCCAAACCAAAAGCAUAGACAAAUAAUGAGUAAUUACCAGAGAGCACCCCAAGACCCUUAUCCUCCACCCACAGGUUACGCUUCUCCGUAUCCCCCGCCACAAGGUUACCCGUUAGCACAACCGCCGCCCGGUUACCCAUCAGCACCACCGCCACCCGGUUACCCAUCAGCGCCACCGCCUCCGGAGUAUGCGCCGUACCCUCCGCCGCGUCCACAGUACGACGGUUAUCAGGCCUAUUUCAACGAUGGUUAUCCUCCGCCGCCGCCACCUCCUCCACAUUACCACUGCCACCACGUUCAGCAUCAUCACAACGACAGCUCCGGUUUUUCUUCAUUCUUCCAAGGCUGCUUGACAGCACUUUGUUGCUGUUGUUUGUUAGAGGAGUGUUGCUUUUUCUGAUAAUCGCAUUAAAAGUUGUAUCUCCAGAUUCGUGUACCCGGUUGGUUAUAGCUCUCUGGAGAAAUAUUGCUCUAAUGCUCAAUUGAUAUUGUGCGGGAUCUGGCAAGUAUUAAAAUCGUUUGACUCUUGGUCUUUAUCGUUGCCUCUGCUCAUUUCUGUGUUGUUCAUAGGUUCUGUGAUGUGGUCUUCGUGUGAAUGUUUGAUGUAUAGUUUUUUAUGUGGACCAAGACUAAUAUGUUAUAGUUAUUGCUCGCUACUAUCUUUAAACGUCAUUAUCAUUCUUCUAUGCUUAGAAGUAAUGGAUUUAAUAUGGAAUUGCUCAUUGAAUUGGUAGAAAUUAGGUCACUGUUUACUGGCUUAAGCAUAGUCAAAGUUGCGAUUAAAGCAGUGUAUGAAUAUAAGUAUAUUUUUGUUUU